AGGGAGAGAGAGUCCCGGGGAGAGUGGGGGGGGAGACGCGGGUUGGCUGCGGUUGCAGGGAAGUGCCCGCCAUGGCGUUGGCUCCAGGGAAGGCCUCGGAGCUGAAGCAGAUCAUCCACGAGCAGCUGAACAAAAUGGAUAUCCAUUCCAAGGUCAGGGAAGUGCUGGCAGAGUCUGUGCGGGAGGAGCUGGGGAUCAGCAUUGAAACGCUCUCUGAGGAGGAUCUCGUGAACGCGUUACGACGACGUGGAAUUGUAGAUGACGUCAUGAAGGAACUCCGUUUUGUUACUAAUGCGAUGGGCAAAGAAGUUGCAUCUUCUUCGAAACCAUCCACGCAUAUUGUGGAUAAGGAACCAGCUGAAUUAAAGCAAACCAAUAUUGAUCCUAGCAGAAGAUACUUGUACCUCCAGGUUUUGGGAGGAAAGGCUUUCCUGGAGCACCUGCAGGAACCACAGCCUCUCCCUGGACACGUCUGCACCACCUUUACCCUCUUCCUGCAUUUCCGCAAUCAGAGGUUUCAGUCCAAGCCCGUGCCGUGUGCCUGUGAGCCUGACCUGCAAGAUGGCUUUCUGCUAGAAAUACACAGAGAUUGUCUAGGUGACGGCAGUAAAAUGGCUGACGCAACUGCGUUAUUGUCGGUCUGCGAUCCUGUGCACAUGGUUCUGAUAAAGACAGGCUCCGCCAGCGAAACCACCCUGGUGGCAUCCCACUAUCUGGAGUGGCGCUCUGUGCUCAGUACACCCAGUGGGAGAAUGAGCAUGGCUGUGGAGCUGCAGGGUGUAGGUACAGAGUCAAAGGUUCCUGUCGGAGUUCUCAAUAUAAAACUUGAAAUGUAUCCCUGCCUGAUGCAAACCUUGAGCCAGGAGAUUUUGACCACCCAGCUAGGUUUAGAACGUCAGAAGACUGCCGAGAGGGAGCGGUUAUUCCUCAUCUACGCCAAGCAGUGGUGGAGAGAGUACCUUCAGAUCAGACCCUCACACAACAACAGACUGGUGAAGAUCUUUGCUCAGGAUGAGAAUGGCACUAACCGGCCGGUGUGCUCGUAUUUAAGGCCGCUACGAGCUGGGAGGCUGCUGGACACCCCGAGGCAAGCCGCCCGGUUUGUCAAUGUUCUGGGUUACGAAAGGGCCCCGGUGGUUGGAGGUGGUGGCAAGCAGGAGCAAUGGUGCACGCUCCUACCCUUUCUCUGUCGAGGCAAGGGAGAUUGUGAGGAUCAUGCCACACUGCUAUGCAGCUUACUGCUGGGCUACGGACUCGGUGCCUAUGUGUGCGUUGGAACAAAAGCCAAGGGAGUCCCCCACACCUGGGUAUUGACAUGUGGAACCAAUGGAGCAAUCACCUUCUGGGAGAGUUUGACUGGGCACAGGUACGUCCACGUUCCCAUUAAUCCAAACGCCCCCCCGAUGGUAGAGCAGCCGAGGCCAGCCUAUCCCUACAGCACAAUCGGCUGCCUCUUCAACCACCAGAGCUUCUAUGCAAAUUGUCAGCCCUCGGAUGUCGUGGAGCUGUGUGUGUUCGACCUCCACGAUGAAUCCAAGUGGAAGCCCAUGAGCGUCGAGGCCAUAAAAUCAGUGUGUUCGCCUGGGUCGUCCACCUCCCUGCCCCCAUUCCCCCCUCUGUGUGCCCCGGGGCUGGAUGCGGCCACAGCCAGCAACGACAUUGAGCUGGUGCUGAGAGGCCUGGUCUGUGAGCACAGGAAGGACCUGUCUCUGAACACAACGUGGGACGACCAUCUGUCUUAUCUGCUGUCUCCGGCUCUCGCUGCGUAUGAGACUGAGCGCUCGGCUGGAGUGUCUGCUGGUAAUGAGGAGUUUCAGGACUCGAUCAAGCGAGCUGUGCCCGAUGGCCACACAUUCAAGGGCUUCCCCAUCCACUUCAUCCAUCGCAACGCCAGGAGAGCAUUCGCAACGUGUUUAAGGUCUCCGUUUUGCGAAGAAAUAAUUUGCUGCCGUGGGGACCAGGUGCGCCUGGCUGUGCGAGUUAGGGUCUUCGCCUACCCUGAGUCCGCCUGUGCUGUCUGGAUCAUGUUUGCAUGUAAAUAUCGUUCAGUGCUGUGACCUCUCUGAACACUGUGAACACUGGCAUCUCGAAAGCAGAGGUGCUCCAGCCUCCAGUGAGUGACUGACUGACUGGUUCAGGGGUUGUGUGGUUUGGCAGUGACUUUUCAGGUCAGGGUUUCACACACCAGCAAAGGCUCCCAAUUACCCACAGACGCUAGUCAUUAUACAUUUGUGUGAAUUACUUGUUUAUUACUAACUUAUUAUAUAAUGACUUGUGCAGAUUGUAAAAAAUGACUUUUUAAAAAAAACACAAAUUAUUUUAUUACGCAAUAAAGCUGUCUGUUUUCUAUU